UACUAUCUUGAACCUGCUUGAGGGGUUUGCAAGGUUUGAAAACGAUGCAGAACGAAGUUUAUUCAGAGCUGUCUCCUUCAUACAGGCAUUCAAUUCUUCCAGGUUUCCGCAGUCAUUGCUCCGUGAGCACCUGGAGAUAGUAUCUCAGAACCUGCAGAGCACUAGUCCCUACCUUCCAGCCAUCCUCCGCUAUAUCGACAUCUCAUCACACAUCCUUCAGGGAAUGCAAAAUCAUUCUGCAGAGAUGGUCGGAGAAGUUGUGGGAAAUCUGGCAGUCUUAGACCAGGAAAAAGUCAAGCCAAAGGCUGAAUAUAGUAUCAGAAUACAUGCUGAGAGAAUGUUAAAGGAUUGGUGGAAGGAGCUGAGUGAAGAACUAAUCCCAGAUUCUAUACCUGAUCGGUUUAUCCUGGUUGAACAGAAACCAGAUCUGAACCUGGAGCAGGAGGAGGAGGACACUGAACUUGAUCCUGUACAGAUCAAGAGACGAAGAUCAAAUCUUGAAAUAAUCACGGAAAUGUUAAACCAUAAAAUCGCUGAGGCAGGAGUAAAGUAUGCAGCUUUCCUGGAAAAAUUAGAAAUCAACCUUCUCAACUAUUAUGCGGAAAAUAUUGAAAAUGCGUGUAAAACAUAUUUAUGGAGUAGGAGCAAAGUGAAUGAAUUUAUCUCCUCUUUGCCACAACAUCAAAUUUGCGUUUAA